AUGAACGAGACACAGAAGGAACCAACAGAACGGCCAGACGAGUCCCACCUCUCGACCUACCGUCUCGGUUGCAAGCUCAAGGCUGGGGACGCAGCACAGUCUCGUUGCACCACCUCCGCCGCCGCCAGCACCACCUGCGCCGCCGGGAGUGACGACUUCAAGCAGUCUCACGACCUCGACGGCGGUGACCUCAGUCCAGACAAUACAAACCAGCGUACAGACUCAGACAACCGUCAUCACGACGGCACAAACCUCCACACAAGUAUCAACGCAAGUGACGACCAUCGUGAGUACACAAACAACCACAUCGACCUCCCCGGUCGACAGUCCGCGUAUGACCCUGACAUCCUUCAUGACCGCAUCUCCUUCGUCGACUGCACAAACGAGCCUCUUAACGGCUUCCACCACGAGCAAUCCCUUCAUCGCCAGUACUCCAUAUCAAGCUGCCCCAUCGAACACCACCUCGCCUGCUGCUGCAUCCCGAGCACCAACCAUCGCUCCCGGAACUAUAGCGGGUAUCGUUGCGGAUCUCGAGGAAUCGACUCAGUCCGCCGACCAUCCGGACGCGGGGGCGACAUGCACAAAUCGCUCAUGUCCGAGGCAGAGUCAAUGGCUUACACUGCAAGCCCUGUCGACGUGAAGCCGCAAAUGGCAUCCGUACAGCCCAGCCGUGGCCUGUCACAAAAUCCAGUCUUCAUGGCGCCAUACUCGCGGCCAAACUCAUGGCGGACCUGGCGACCUAGUGCCACAUUCGCACAAGGGCUCGAGCCUCUCCCGGAUGACAUACAGCUUCCACCGCCUCCACCGCAUGCUCUGACGCGAAAUUCGGCCUUCCCACGGACCUCAGAAGUAAGUACGGGAGCGGAUAGCAGCAUGCCUGAAUAUGCGUGGCACACUGCAUCAAACGCCGAUCUCACGGGUCUUGCGCCUGCACCGGCGCAGGCUCUCGCGCCGGAGUAUGUGGGCGGGCCGCACGAGCCAGCUCAAGACUGGCUCCAGCAAACAGACGGGCACGGAUCGUAUGUGACCUACUCGGACACGCCGCUAGCGACGCCAAGGACGCCGAUGGUCGUGGAAGGUGAGCAACUGGCCCCGCUGGCCACCAGCCAAGAGGCCUCACCGGUUGACAAUGAUGACGGCAGCGGAGAGAGCGGAGACGCCACAAGAAGCGACAGCUGGGGAGCCAGAGGUGGCAGCAGCGGCGGUGGAAACGACGAACACGAACCCGAGGGCGGCAUUCAAGAAGCGCAGCUGGGCCGGCAGGCUGGAGAGGGUGGCAGCCAUGGCGGCGGCCCGGAAGGGCUCAAGGAGGAGUCACCGCGCGAGCAAGGCAAGCAGACGCAGCAGGGGCAGCAGGACGAGUCGGGCGAGCGUGACGAGCAAGUUUUCGAGGAAGUCGAGGCGGUCGAAAGACAGCCAAGCGUCAGGUUGAGUAGCCGGUUGUCUUCCCAUGCUCCGUCUUCCUGGGAUGGGGAGUCAGACGCGGACUUCUCAUGGUCUGAGGCAGCAAGUGAGCCGUACACGGCCCCGAGGGAUGGCUUCGGGCUGUCGAUCAUCGGCGCGAGACGUGCUUCCAGGUCGGGGACUGGAGGCGGCGAUCCCCGGCGGCCUUGA